UUCGCCUGCCCAACGCUUCCCUUCACCUUCUCCACACGCAUCCCGACAAAUUUCCUGCCGAAGCGGAACCAUUCUCACCAUCUACAACGGCAUUCCCCCCCUUACGGAUAUCACGAGCGACCCGAAUCGACAGAAUAGCCACACCAACUGGCCGCUGCAACAAGCAGGUCCCUUAUAGCCCUUCCUUUCACCCAAAUCUACACAUAACACGGCAACCAUGUCUCUGACGAAUUGCCGGUUCUACGAGGAGAAGUACCCUGAGGUGGAGAGCUUUGUCAUGGUCAAUGUCAAGCAGAUCGCUGAGAUGGGCGCAUACGUGAAGCUGUUAGAAUAUGACAAUAUCGAUGGCAUGAUUCUCCUCUCCGAACUCUCGCGCCGACGUAUCAGAAGUAUCCAGAAACUUAUCCGAGUGGGACGAAACGAGGUUGUGGUCGUGCUCAGGGUGGACAAGGACAAGGGAUAUAUUGAUCUGUCGAAGCGCCGAGUGUCGCCCGAGGAUAUUGUCAAGUGCGAGGAACGGUAUAAUAAAUCUAAGAUGGUGCACUCGAUUAUGCGUCAUGUUGCCGAGAAGACGAACACUCCCAUCGAAGAGUUGUACCAGAGCAUCGGCUGGCCGCUGAACAAGAAAUACGGGCACUCGAUCGAUGCUUUCAAGCUUUCCAUCACGAACCCCGAUGUAUGGAACGAUGUCACGUUUCCGAACGAUGUGGUCAAGGAGGAGCUGCAGUCCUACAUCGGCAAGAGGCUUACGCCGCAGCCAACCAAGGUGCGGUCGGAUAUUGAGGUCACCUGCUUCGGCUAUGAAGGCAUUGAUGCAGUCAAGACGGCGCUUCGAUGCGCAGAGGCGAAGAACACGCCCGAAACCCAAGUCAAGGUCAAGCUUGUGUCUCCUCCACUAUACGUACUCACCUCGCAGUGUCUCGACAAGAAUGCUGGUAUCGAGACUCUCGAGACAGCCAUCAAGGACAUCGACCAGAGCAUUUCGAAAGCAGGCGGAAGUUGCGUGGUUAGGAUGGCACCGAAGGCUGUCACGGAGAACGAUGACGCGGAGUUGGCGGCGCUCAUGGAGAAGAGAGAGCGGGAGAACCAGGAAGUCAGCGGAGACGAGGACGAGAGCACGAGCGAUGAGGGUGGCGUGGUCGAGGCCGACACAUAAGCGAGCGCCCAGAUGCGAUGUGGUAAAAAACGACUCUGAUGAACUGAAUAUGGACAUCACCAAAAGCGAACAUGGAGUUCGGUAGCAAGCCGGAUACUGGCCGACGGGGAAAAUGGAUCAUAUAGCAUAGUCGCGUAGCCUCCAGCAACGAAAUACACUUCU